UCCACGUCAACACCGCGCCGCCACGUCACUGCUCCCCCCCUUCCCUGCUCUGCGGCGUGAGGAGGGGCCGGGUGCGGACAAAACGGCCACCCACCACCAUACCAGCUCGCACCUGGCACCGUGCGCUUCAACCCCUCAACUCCAUCAUCUAUUCGCAUCGCGGUCCUCCGGGGCUCGGCUCGUGUCAUGCAAAACUUUGCAUGGGAGACGUCGAGGAAGACUGAUUUUGUGAAACGGACCCCCGCGGCUACUGCAACUGCAACUACUAGUCAUAGCGCACGGGCACGGCGCACUCCCGCACGCCGCCCUCCUCCUCCUCCUCCUCCUCCUCCUCUCCUCGGCAGUGCGGCGUACUGGUAAAAAAAAGAGAGGGCACUCGGCGUAGCUUGGCGAGUGCUCCACAUCGCUUGCUUUCCACCGCCGGAGACGGAGCCGGAGCGUCGGAUGCCAUGGGCAGCGGCGCGUCGCGGCUGCUCACCGCGUGCGCGUGCUCGCGGCCGGCGCCGGCGCCCGCGGACGACGGGCCGUGCCUGGACGACGCGCUCGGCCACUCCUUCUGCUACGCCGCCAGCUCCGCCGCCGCCGCGGGCCACUCGUCCUCUUUCCGCCACGCGAUCUCCGGCGCCGCGCUCUCCGCCAACUCCUCCGUGCCCGUGCCGAUCUACCACUCCUCCGGCGGCGCCGGCGGCAUGCCGCCGCCGCAGUACUCCUCCGCGUUCCACACUUCCUCGUCCUUCUCCUCCGCGCCGCUGCAGCUCUCCAACCUCUCCUCGGGGCCGCUCUUCCUCUCCGGGCCCAUCGACCGCGGCGCCCAGCUCUCCGGCCCGCUCGACCAGGCCGUGCCCUUCUCCGGCCCGCUCCCCGCCAAGCCCACCAAGCCCGCUCCCUCGUCGUCGUCGCGAGGGUUCUCGAGGAGGUUCCGGAAACCCUCCUUCGGCAGCCUGCGGCGGAGCGUCUCGGAGAAGAACCGCCCAUGCGUCGUGCCGCUCCGCCGGGAGGACGGCGUGCAGUGGGCGCACGGCCGCGCCGGGGAGGACAGGGUUCACGUGGUUGUCUCCGAGGACCAGCGUUGGCUUUUCGUCGGCAUCUAUGACGGCUUCAACGGUCCCGAGGCCCCGGACUUCCUGGUCGCUAAUCUCUACCGCUUCCUGCUGCGCGAGCUCCGUGGGAUCUUCUACGAAGAGGCCGACCCGGACUCCAAGCGACUCUGGCAGUUCCUGGCGGAUGGCGACGACGAGGACAGCGAACUCGACUUCUCAGGCUCCGGCCGGUUUGCGCUAUCGCUUGCCAGGCUCAAGGAGCAGCGGCAUCCCUUGUGGGCCCAUGCGGCUGCCGUUGGCGAUGGUCAAAGCGGCAGGGAGUGGGGAGUUAAGAGGUUGACGGCCGCGCCGGCGGUGAGGGACCACAUGGCGGUACUAAGCGCACUGGCCCGAGCGCUAGCUACGACAGAGUCGGCGUACCUGGACAUGACCAGCCAAUCAAUGGGAUCCCACCCAGAGCUGGCAGUGACCGGAGCUUGCCUGCUCGUGGCCCUGCUAAGGGACGACGACGUGUAUGUAAUGAACCUUGGGGAUAGCCGUGCCAUUGUGGCGCAGCGACGAGACGACGACGACUGCUUGAUUGGAAGCAUGCGGGUGGAGGACAUUGGUGUGGGCUUGGAGACCGAGUCAAGGAUCCCUGGGUAUUCUGCAAUUGGGCUUGAGGCAUUGCAGCUGUCGACUGAUCAUAGCACGAGCAUUGAAGGGGAAGUGCAGAGGAUCAGACGCGAACAUCCGGAUGAUGAUCAGUGUAUUGUUAAUGAUAGAGUAAAGGGUCGUCUAAAAGUCACCCGUGCAUUUGGUGCUGGGUAUCUCAAACAGGCAAAGUUGAAUGAUGGGUUGCUAGAGAUGUUUCGCAAUGAGUAUAUAGGUGAUACACCAUAUAUAUCAUGCACACCUUCUCUUUGCCAUCAUAAGCUCUCCGCCAGGGAUCAAUUUCUUGUUCUUUCAUCUGAUGGCUUAUAUCAGUACCUAAGCAACGAGGAGGUAGUUCUACAUGUUGAGAAUUUUAUGGAGCGAUUUCCAGAGGGUGAUCCUGCACAGAGUUUAAUUGAGGAGCUACUCUCCCGUGCUGCAAAGAAAGCUGGCAUGGACUUUUAUGAGCUAUUAGAUAUACCUCAAGGGGACCGCAGAAAAUACCAUGAUGAUGUCACCAUUAUGGUCAUUUCUCUCGAAGGAAGAAUAUGGAAAUCCUCUGGAACAUAUGUGUGAUGUUCAGCUGAUAUACUGUCCAUGUCAGUAUUUAUUCCGAUGCAAUAUUCAGCUGAAAUGAACUUCAGCCGGUCAGCACUCCCAGGCAAUUGCAUAUAUGCUCACCAAGAGGGGAAAGUAUGGCAUGGCAUACAGAUAUGUAGUCCAUACACUUGUCAAAGUGGAGUUCUGCAGUUGGAGAUCGUUGCUGAUCCAGAUCAGCUUUGGCACAGCUCAUUCUCAUGGGUUAACUCGGGCAGAUUAAAGUUGCAGAGAAAUGACAGCAUGGUAGGGAGGAAUUCCUUGGAAAAGCAGAGCCAAUUUUGCUCCGUUUGCCACCACAGCUUUGUUUGGUUACAUACUCACUGCUGACAAUUUUUUUUUCCACCUCACACUGAGCUGUCAUAGAGUUGGGUGCUUUUUUAUCCUUGGAGAUAGAAAACCUUUAGGUAUAUGCAGUUUUUCUCAUUCGUGUGAGGAAUGAGCCUGUAUUAUAUUGGAAACUGGAAUUGAUCAUGGUAGAGAAAUUGAUGAUUGGCACCUCAUUUUGCCCUCCUUCGAGGCUUU